AUGGUAGCUGCCAGCAACGGCCAUCCUUCAAUACAGUCCAGACAACUUAGUGAAUAUCAAUUGAAUGGAGAGCCCAAUCAAGAUAGAGAUCCUUAUGCUGCUUCAAAUGUAGAUGAACAACAGAGUUCAUUACUUUCUAAUUCGCCAGUAAAAGCAGAAUUACUUCCCCCUCAACAACAGGGACCAUUGGUUCCGAAUUCGGGAGCAAAAGUUCCCCCCAAACAUGAAGGUAUUAUUCCUGAGAUCAUUGACUCAUGGAAAAGAUGGUUCGAUAGGCAUAGACAUCAUAGCCGGAGGCCUGAUAAGCCACCAUGCGACCGCAAACAUCGCCGUUGUCCUGAUUGGCGCCAUGAAACAACUAUACCUGGACCUGCGAUAAAUACCACUGUUGUUACUCCAGCGACAAGCCCAUCAACGGACGCUCAAUCAUCAACCAAAAAAUCCGCAGAAACCACGGCUGCCUCUAAGGUGGAAACUACCGCUCCCGAUGUAAGCUCGACAGCAGUUCCAUCAACAACUAGCAAAUCCAACGAAACUUCGGCUGCACCUGAGCUAAAAGGUGUUACACCUGAUGUAAGCUCGACAGCAGUUCUAUCAACAACUAGCAAAUCCAACGAAACUUCGGUUGCACCUGAGCUAGAAAGUACUACACCUGAUGUAAGUUCGACGGAAGUUCCAUCAACAACUAGCAAAUCCAACGAAACUUCGGCUGCACCUGAGCUAGAAAGUACGACACUUGAUGUAAGCUCGACAGCAGUUCCAUCAACAACUGGCAAAUCCAACGAAACUUCGGUUGCAUCUGAGCUGGAAAGUACUACACCUGUUGUAAGUUCGACGGAAGUUCCAUCAACAACUAGCAAAUCCAACGAGACUUUGGUUGCAUCUGAGCUAGAAAGUACCACACCUGAUGUAAGCUCGACGGAAGAUCCAUCAACAACUGGCAAAUCCAACGAAACUUCGGUUGCACCUGAGCUAGAAAGUACCACACCUGAUGUAAGUUCGACGGAAGUUCCAUCAACAACUAGCAAAUCCAACGAAACUUCGGUUGCACCUGAGCUGGAAAGUACCACACCUGAUGUAAGUUCGACGGAGGCUCAAUCAACAACUAGCAAAUCCAACAAAACUUCGGCUGCACCUGAGCUAGAAAAUACUACACUUGAUGUAAGCUCAACGGAAGUUCCAUCAACAACUAGCAAAUCCAACGAAACUUCGGUUGCACCUGAGCUAGAAAGUACCACACCUGAUGUAAGUUCGACGGAGGCUCAAUCAACAACUAGCAAAUCCAACGAAAUUUCGGUUGCACCUGAGCUGGAAAGUACUACACCUGAUGUAAGCUCAACGGAAGUCCCAUCAACAACUAGCAAAUCCAACGAAACUUCGGUUGCACCUGAGCUGGAGAGUACCACACCUGAUGUAAGUUCGACGGAGGCUCAAUCAACAACUAGCAAAUCUAACGAAACUUCGACUGCAACUGAGCUGGAAAGUACUACACCUGAUGUAAGUUCGACGGAAGUUCCAUCAACAACUAGCAAAUCCAACGAAAUUUCGGUUGCACCUGAGCUAGAAAGUACUACACUUGAUGUAAGCUCGACGGAGGCUCAAUCAACAACUAGCAAAUCUAACGAAACUUCCACUGCACCUGAGCUGGAAAGUACUACACCUGAUGUAAGUCCGACGGAAGUUCCAUCAACAACUAGCAAAUCCAACGAAACUUCGGUUGCACCUGAGCUAGAAAGUACUACACCUGAUGUAAGUUCGACGGAGGCUCAAUCAACAACUAGCAAAUCUAACGAAACUUCGACUGCAACUGAGCUGGAAAGUACUACACCUGAUGUAAGUUCAACCGAAGUUCCAUCAACAACUAGCAAAUCCAACGAAACUUCGGUUGCACCUGAGCUAGAAAGUACUACACCUGAUGUAAGUUCGACGGAGGCUCAAUCAACAACUAGCAAAUCUAACGAAACUUCGACUGCAACUGAGCUGGAAAGUACUACACCUGAUGUAAGUUCGACGGAGGCUCAAUCAACAACUAGCAAAUCCAACGAAACUUCGGUUGCACCUGAGCUAGAAAGUACUACACCUGAUGUAAGUUCGACGGAAGUUCCAUCAACAACUAGCAAAUCCAACGAAACUUCGGCUGCAUCUGAGCUAGAAAGUACUACACCUGAUGUAAGUUCAACCGAAGUUCCAUCAACAACUAGCAAAUCCAACGAAACUUCGGUUGCACCUGAGCUAGAAAGUACUACACCUGAUGUAAGUUCGACGGAGGCUCAAUCAACAACUAGCAAAUCCAACGAAACUUCGGUUGCACCUGAGCUAGAAAAUACCACACCUGAUGUAAGUUCGACGGAGGCUCAAUCAACAACUAGCAAAUCCAACGAAUCUUCAGCUGCACCUGAGCUAGAAAGUACCACACCUGAUGUAAGUUCGACGGAAGUUCCAUCAGCAACUAGCAAAUUCAACGAAACUUCGGCUGCACCUGAGCUAGAAAGUACUACACCUGAUGUAAGCUCGACAGCUGUUUCAUCAACAACUAGCAAAUGCAACGAAACUUCGGUUGCAUCUGAGCUAGAAAGUACUACACCUGAUGUAAGUUCGACAGCUGUUCCAUCAACAACUAGCAAAUCCAACGAAACUUCGGCUGCACCUGAGCUAGAAAGUACUACAAGCAAAUCCAACGAAACUACCGUUGCACCAGGAAGAUCUACCACUCCUAGGCCUCACCACGGCCCGCCAAGGAACACCUUGGCAUUGCUGAUAUAUUCAUUCACUGGUGGUAGUAAAGGUGGAUUUAUGGGCAAAGAUCCGUAUAAUUUAUUUUUAAAACUUAUAUCUAAGCUCAAAUUGAACUAA